CGUAGCCCCGGCCAUGGCUCUGUAGCCACGACCCCUCUGCCCCGGCCAGUCUCCGCGCUUACCGCGCCUGCGCUCUCCGCUCCUGCCUUCUUUCUUCACCUGAGGCCGCCGCUGCCUCUCUUUUCCGCAGCCAUGGAGUCCUCCACUUUUGCCUUGGUGCCUGUCUUCGCCCAGCUGAGCAACUUCCAGAAUCUCCUCCCAGCUGUUGGUGCAGCCUCCUUCAUUGCCAUCCGUGCCCAGCGCCCGCACUGCAGCCAUGUCACUCCUGGCGACCCUGGGGCUGGAGCUGGACAGGACCCUGCUCCCAGCUAGCGGGCUGGGCUGGCUCGUAGACUAUGGGAAACUCCCCCUGGCCCCUGCCCCCCUGGGCCCCUAUGAGGUCCUUGGGGGAGCCCUGGAGGGCGGGCUUCCAGGGGGGGGAGAGCCCCUGGCAGGUGACGGCUUCUCUGACUGGAUGACCGAGCGGGUCGACUUUACAGCCCUUCUCCCUCUGGAGCCCCCCUUGCCUUCAGGUGCCCUCCCCUCAUCUUCCCCUCCCCCACCCGAUCUGGAAGCUAUGGCCUCCCUCCUCAAGAAGGAACUUGAGCAGAUGGAAGACUUCUUCCUUGAUGCUCCCCUCCUCCCACCCGCCUCCCCACCUCCGCAGCCACCAGCACCAGCACCAGCACCAGCACCAGCACCAGCACCCUCCCUCCCGCUGCCCCUCCCCCUCCCAACCUUUGACCUCCCCCAGCCUCCUGCCCUGGAUACCCUCGACUUGCUAGCCAUCUACUGCCGCAGCGAGGCCGGGCCAGGGGACUCGGGGUUGGCGCCCCUGCCCCCACCCCAGCAACCCCCUCCUCCACCUCCACCCUCUCGCCCGGCCCCCUACCCCAAUCCUGCCACCGCCCGCGGGGACCGCAAGCAAAAGAAGAGGGACCAGAACAAGUCGGCGGCUCUGAGGUACCGGCAGAGGAAGCGCGCAGAGGGCGAGGCCCUGGAGGGCGAGUGCCAGGGGCUGGAGGCACGGAACCGGGAGCUGAGGGAGAGGGCUGAGUCGGUGGAGCGGGAGAUCCAGUAUGUCAAGGAUUUGCUCAUCGAAGUGUACAAGGCUCGAAGCCAGAGGACCCGAAACAGCUAGCCGGGCAAGGGCUUUGGCCGUAGGGGGCGCUGGUCUUCAGCUCCGGCUCCCUUGAGUUUCUGGGGCUGAGGUGGGAGGGCCCAUCCCUCUGUCAUCCCCCUGUGCCCAGCUUCCUUCCGAACGCCUCCCUCCCUCCUCCCCCACCCCCGCCCCCUUCUCUCUCCCCUUUUAUCCUUGUCUCCUCUCCUGUCCUUUCUGAGUUGGCCCCCCUCCUCUCUCCCAAGAAUCACGGCAUGUUUGGCCUCAGUCAACAUCUAUACCCUUAAGUAACAGCUGAGGAACAGAGACCUACCGGGAAUUCAGGGAAUAGGGGAGAGCUUGGAAACUGUCUCCCAAACAGGGAAAUGAAGUCAGGAAGCUCUGCAGAAUGACGUUGCAUAGGAUGGGGGAACCAUCUGGGGACUAAGCCAAGGAAGGUUUUAAGAGUGGUGCCCAUAGAAUGUAAGCCAAACAAGCCAAGUGACCUUGGGGAACUACAUUUGGGGGAUGGAACCAAAAGGUGGCCAAGUUAGCAGAGCAGGUGGAUAUACAGGCGGAUGGGGAGGUGGUCAGGGUGGAGAACAGCCUUAAUUGGUGACUGGGUGUUCAUUUUAGCUCUGGGAGGAAAUCAGUGUUUUGUGAAGGUGUUGGGGGAGGGGCUGCAUCUAGGUGAGGGAGGGGUGGAGACUGAUCGUUUUGGAGGGGUUGUGAGUGGAAAUAAAAAGAAGCAUUUCCUCUG